UUUUUCCCUCAACUUGCUGAAUAAUUUUGCUCUCUCCGUGGCUGCAAAAUACUUCAAAUUCAAAACCAAAACUCUUUAAAAUAAAUAAAAAAGUUCAUGGAAUCAAAAAGCUACACUAACGAUGGCACUGUUGAUCUUCGAGGUCGUCCUGUUCUUUCCUCCAAGACUGGUACAUGGAAAGCUUGUGCUUUUCUUGUUGGAUAUGAAGCAUUUGAGAGGAUGGCAUUUUAUGGAAUAGCUUCAAAUUUAGUGAAUUAUUUGACAACACAACUUCAUGAAGACAUUGUUUCAUCUGUGACAAAUGUAAACAACUGGUCAGGAUCAGUUUGGAUUACUCCAAUUCUGGGCGCAUACAUAGCAGAUACUUACUUGGGUCGUUAUUGGACUUUCACUAUUUCAUCUCUUCUUUAUGUUAUGGGGAUGAUACUAUUAACAAUGGCAGUUUCACUCAAGUUUCUAAAGCCAACAUGCUCAAAUGGAAUAUGCAACAAAGCAACUUCUUCACAAAUCUCAUUCUUCUACACAUCUUUAUACAUUAUAGCCUUAGGGGCAGGAGGAACCAAACCCAACAUAUCAACUUUCGGAGCCGACCAAUUCGACGACUUUAACCCUAACGAAAAGAAACCGAAGGUGUCGUUUUUUAAUUGGUGGAUGUUCAGCUCAUUUGUGGGAGCUUUAGUAGCCACUCUUUGUCUAGUUUAUAUUCAAGAGAAUUUGGGAUGGGGUUUAGGGUAUGGUAUCCCUACAGUUGGUCUUAUAAUAUCCUUAUUUAUAUUUUAUUUAGGGACACCAUUUUAUAGGCAUAAAGUUAGGAAGAGUAAGAGUCCUGCAAGGGAUUUAAUUCAAGUCCCUAUUUUUGCCUUUAAAAAUAGGAAACUUCAGCUUCCUAAUGAUCCCUCUCAGCUUCAUGAGUUUGAGGUUCAGUAUUAUAUUGAUAGUGGGAAACGUCAGAUUCAUCACACACCAGUCUUCAGGUGCUUGGAUAAAGCUGCACUAAGAGAUGGUUCGAGCCCACCAUGCACAGUUACUCAAGUAGAAAGCAUCAAGCUAGUUUUUGGUAUGAUACUGAUAUGGUUAGUCACAUUAAUUCCAAGUACAAUUUGGGCACAAAUCAACACUCUUUUCGUAAAACAAGGCACCACAUUAGACCGUAGUCUCGGCUCGAACUUCAAAAUCCCAGCGGCUUCAUUAGGUAGUUUUGUGACGCUCUCCAUGCUCCUCUCGGUUCCGAUGUACGACCGGUUCUUCGUUCCGUUCAUGCGUAAAAAAACCGGAAACCCAAGAGGAAUUACGCUACUUCAAAGGCUCGGAAUCGGGUUCGUAAUACAAGUUAUCGCUAUAGCAAUUGCUUAUGCGGUCGAAGUUAGAAGAAUGCAUAUGAUAAAGGUGCAUAAUAUUACAAACCCUAAAGAAGUUGUGCCAAUGAGCAUAUUUUGGUUAUUGCCACAAUAUGUUUUAUUAGGAAUUGCUGAUGUUUUUAAUGCAAUUGGAUUGCUAGAAUUUUUCUAUGAUCAAUCUCCUGAAGAUAUGCAAAGCCUUGGGACAACUUUUUUCACGAGCGGAAUUGGAGUUGGGAAUUUUUUGAAUAGCUUUUUAGUGACGGUGGUCGAUAAAAUUACGGGACGAGGAGGAGGAGGACGACGAGGAAAGAGUUGGAUUGGUAAUAAUUUGAAUGAUUGCCAUUUGGAUUAUUAUUAUGGGUUUCUUUUGGUUAUGUCUACUCUUAAUAUUGCUGCAUUUUUAUGGGCAUCGAGUAGGUUUAUUUAUAAGAAAGAAAUUUUAAAAGUGAAUGAGGGUUGUGUUCAAUUGGAAGGUAAAAGUUUGGACAUAUCUCCUCUAGGGUUACAAGUAUAGGGACUUAAUCAUAGAGUCAUUAUCUAGUUUCGAUCUAUUAUAUGAAUGAAUGUACUCUAUUAUUAGUAUUUGAAAAUAGUAGAAUUCUUCUGAUGAGAGAUUUAUGGCAAAAAAAAAAUGUAUGAUAUGAAUAAAUAUUAAUUUUAGAUUUAUUUAUAUA